AUGCCUCUGACAUUAUUAUCCAGGCUUACUAAGAUACAACCUAUGAGGGUGAAGUUCAAUCUGGCGGCCUACAAACUGAGUUGCAGCGGCGGGCUGACGGUUGAACACGACCGAAAGAACCGUCGCUUCACCGUUUCUACGAGAGGCGGAACCGGAGUCAGCCAGAGGGCAGUACUCAUCUACAGAUUUACAGCAGUGGACGAGGUGGAUCUCGUGUCCACCUUUGUCCCAGAGGCUUGUAGAGGUCAAGGUGUGGCAGCACUAUUAUCAAAGGCCGCCAUUGACUUUGUGCAAGAGGAGAAGCUGAAGGCUCGGGUGUCCUGCUGGUACAUCAAGAAGUACAUGGAAGAACACCCUCAGCGAAAUUAUAAAAAUCUUCAAACUACAUGA